AUGUCCGCCGCAAAGAUCCCCGCAGGCAAGACCUGGUUCGACACGCACAAGGUGCACUUCGAGAACGUCCCCACGGGCGCCGACGACGGCAUCUCGACCACCGAGUUCCUCGACGCCUCCGAAGCAACGACGACGCUCUUCGACCUUUUGGGUUCCGUGGCUUUUACGCCCGUCAAAAACGACAUGCUAGGCAACAUCAACAAACUGCGCGAAAGACAGAGAGCCGCACCCGAAGGCUCGACCACCGUGCAACAACUAGUCAAGACGGAGCUGGCCUCGAAAUCACACAAAGCCACCGAAGGUCUCCUGUGGUUGACUCGCGGGCUGGACUUCACGGCCCAGGCGCUCCGAUCCGAUCUCACCACCAACGCUGCGGUCAAGGUCACGGAACAGAAGCCGGCCAAGGAGCUCGCGGACGGGUUUCGGGCGAGCUACAAGAACACGUUGGCGCCUCAUCACGGGCUGCUUAUCAAGCCGAUCUUUAGUGCCGCCAUGAGUGCUACGCCGUACAGGAAGGACUUUUACGCGAGAUUGAGUGGAGAGGGCACAGAUCCGGAGACGACACGGCAGGAGGCGGAGAGGUGGGUGGCUGCGUUGGAGAAGCGGGUUGCUAUUCUCAAGGCGUUUCUGGCCACCAAGGAGGCUAAAUGGUAG